AUGGAAGAUGUGAUAACAGAAGCAGCACCACCUUCAAGGUUCUUGGAAGAAGAUCUAAACAUCUUCACACCUCCAUCCCCACCCCUCCCUACACCAUUCCUCAUCUUCCCCCACAACCAACAAUCCCAACCCCUCAACCCCUCCCUCCUAAUCGUCGCCCUCUCCCCAUCCUCCCUCGCCCUCUUCCACAGCCUCCGCACCGUCUCCCCCGCCGCCUCCCUCCUCCUCCCCGAACUCCCCCUCUCCAUCCCCGACCACGCCGCCAACAUCUUCCCCCUCUCCCCGUCCGCCCUCCUCGCCGCCAUCCCCUUCCCCGUCCCCGCCCCCCGCGCUCACGCCGUCGCCAAGGCCCUCCUCACCGGCCGUAUCCGCCCCGACUCCGUCCUCAUCCUCGACUCCUUCGCGCCCUGCAACUUCCGUGGCAAGCUCUCCUCCGAUGAGGCCGUGGCGUUCAAGCUGGAGAACGCCGCUGAGAGAAAGACGAGCGGCAGAGAGAAGCUCUUGGCGGACUUGGAGUACUACCCUUCCGGAAGCGUUGUUGACGGGCUGGGGGCAGCGAUUCUCGCACGGUGCCAGGUGAUGAACGUGAGGGCGAGUUUGUGUGUUUCGUGGCCUCAGUUCGACGCCUCUGUGGUGUCGUUGAUUAAGGGUUUACUUCAACUCGGCGUGUUGCGGGGAUUUAAUUUUGAUUUGAAUGAUGGGGAGGUUUUGAAAUUUGGGAGGAUUAAGGAUAGGGUUUUGCAUUCAGAGUUGUAUAUUUGA